AUAUAUAUAUAUAUAUAUACAUUCAUUUGCUAAAGAUAACUUGAAGAGACUUAAAUCAGAGUUCUAGUUGUGAAGAAAUAUAAUCCAGCAAAUAUUUUAUUUGAAUCUCGAGAACUCCAUGGCUAUGGUAACAUUAACAUCAAAUUACAACACAAACCUGUCGCAAACAUUGUCCUUUGAGGGAAAAAAUAGCAGCCUUCGUGAUGUUUCUUUCUCUACUUUCUUCGAUGAUGCUGAGGAAAACUAUAUAAGAAAACUUUCGGCUUCAAACCGAGAGCUCAGCUCCAAGACAACCAACACCAAACAAGAUGAACAUCAUUAUUUAGGACUGAAGAAAGAAGACGAUGGGGAAAUUGGAGUAUUUGGAGCUGAAAAAUACUUCAAUGGAGGAAUUGAUUUAGAAAGUCCAAGAAUAACCAAAAUACAUGCAAAAACAUUGGAAUGCGUUAAAGAUGGUAGAGUCAGCAUAGAGCCUGUCAAGCCUGUAAUAUAUCAGGGAACUCCAAGUGUUCGAUCAGAAUCAAGCUGGAACAGCCGAAGUGCAUUGCUCCGAAGUACUAUGAGAAAUCCUCCUGCGAAAAAACCUCCUAAAGUGAAUGGAAAGAGUUUUCUUUCGGGUCUUGCUGGCUGCAAAUGUUACUGUUCUGGUAGAAAUUCAGUUGAUAUUGAAGAAGCACAGGUUGGUGAAAUAAGUUUCAAGAGACCAGCUGCUAAUGGAGAGGGCUUGCAAGGCAAGCCAAAUAAAACUGCAUCCAGUAAGGCCAGCCUAGAGGUUAAUAAACCAGUGGCGGAACCCUGGACGAAGGAAGACAUUUUUAGUUUCCCAACUAUGAAUUCUACUAUGGGAAUUCGACCUGUUGAAGUGUCACUGCAAGGAGAUGUGGAUGAAAUCGGACGGAAAUCAUUGGAGGUUUUCGGCUCGCCGGCACUUGGAAAGAGAAACAAGUCUUUGAACAUCGAGAGGAGGCUGCAAAUGUUCUCUCUGGAUUCUAAUCCCAAAGCAGAAAAAAUUGAAAAUACUAAAGGCAACUACAACGAUACAGAGAGCGAUGCAAGUUCAGACUUAUUUGAGAUAGAGAGCCUCACAGGAAAAGUCAAUCCGUUUCUUGUCAAACAAACUUCUGAUGCAGCGUCUGGGUGUGCCACCCCAACAACUUGUUAUGCACCAAGCGAGGCCAGCAUAGAGUGGAGUGUGGUCACAGCAAGUGCAGCAGAUUUCUCAGUCAUGUCUGACUAUGAAGAGCUAAGGCCACCGGUAACUUUUCCAAGCCCAAUGAGAACUUAUCCGACAACCACCAAAACCAAAGGUUCUAAAAACAAGGGCCGUUCCAGUGGUCUAUUGGGGUGUAACAGCCAAAAAGCUGUUGAAGUUGCUGGAGAUACACAAAAAACAAAUGACAAGGCAGGUUUUGACCCAAGAAUGCGCAGUGUGUCAGAUUCCUACAUACCUGCAACAAGAUUUGGAGCUGGCACUAAACUUGCCGCGGCAUUUCAACCUACUCAUACAGCAGGAGCUUCACGUCUCUUGUUUAUUCAGUAGCUUUUAAUCUUUCCCUGGACCUUAUUUUGUACAACUUGUGAUGGGAAAUUUCACUACUAUACCUUAUGUGUCUUUUGUAGCCGUAGUAGUGUUGAAUUCCAUAAGUGAUGCUAAUUAUUUAGAAAGUAAAUCCAAAAAGUUCAUGGGGGGUCAUUUGUUUGGCAUGAAAUGCAUGAAUUCUGGAUGAUGAAGAUGAAUGUAGAUGUGUUUGCAACCAGAUAUUGGGGUUAA